GCAGAACCUUCUGGGACCAUGGCUGGACUAAAGCCUUCAGAGGUACCUCCUACCACAGCUGUGAAAUUCCUAGGGGCAGGCACAGCAGCCUGUUUUGCUGAUCUCCUCACCUUUCCACUGGACACAGCCAAGGUUCGCCUGCAGAUCCAGGGGGAGAAGCAGGCGACCCAGGCAGCCCAGAGACCCCAGUACCGCGGCGUGCUGGGCACCAUCCUGACCAUGGUGCGCACUGAGGGCCCCCGCAGCCUCUACAGUGGGCUGGUCGCCGGCUUGCAGCGCCAGAUGAGCUUCGCCUCCAUCCGCAUCGGCCUCUACGACUCUGCCAAGCAGCUCUACACCCCCAAGGGAUGCGACUACUCGAGCAUCACUACCCGGAUUUUGGCAGGCUGCACCACCGGGGCCAUGGCAGUAUGCUGUGCCCAGCCCACGGAUGUGGUGAAGGUCAGGUUUCAGGCCGGCAUACACCUUGCGGCUGGGAGCAACAGGAAAUACAGUGGGACAAUGGACGCCUACAGGACCAUCGCCAGGGAGGAAGGGUUCAGGGGCCUAUGGAAAGGAACUUUCCCCAACAUCACAAGGAACUCCAUCGUCAACUGUGCUGAGAUGGUGACCUAUGACAUCAUCAAGGAGAAGCUGCUAGACUAUCGCCUGCUCACGGACAAUUUCCCCUGCCACUUCAUCUCUGCCUUUGGAGCCGGCUUCUGUGCCACAGUGGUGGCCUCCCCAGUGGAUGUGGUGAAGACCCGGUACAUGAACUCGCCACCAGGCCGAUACCGCAGCCCCCUGGACUGUAUGCUGAAGAUGGUGGCCCGCGAGGGCCCCAUGGCCUUCUACAAGGGAUUUACACCAUCAUUUUUGCGUUUGGGAACCUGGAAUGUGGUGAUGUUCGUGACCUAUGAGCAGCUGAAACGGGCCUUGAUGAAAGUCCAGAUGCUACGGGAAUCUUCAUUCUGAAUAAAGCAGGGCCACUUAGUACUUACUUGGAACAAGAACCAGCGGGUCCCACACAAACCCACACAUGUUUACACAACUGUUUACUUCCUGCUGAGUCAAGAAACAGAAGCAGAGAAAGGAUUCUGGUCUUCAGGGCUUUGUCUUAAGAACACAUUUGUUUUGUAUGGACAAGAUGGAAAUUAAAUUAUAUUAAUUUGAGGGACCCAUGAUGUUGGAUGCCUAACAUUUAGGCAAGAGAAAAUAAACCAAAACAUCCAUUUGGAUAAAACAAAAGUCUGAAAACCUAUGUUCUGUAAAAAAAAAAAAAAAAAAAUUAAAAAAAAUCUAAUGAGAUGAUGAAUUGUAAACAGGAAAGACUGCAAGCGUGAGACAGCAGUGGUACAUGACACCUGGAAACCAGCUAAGGAGUGUGGAGGGACGCUGCCGAAACAACAUAGCUGUGACUGCAGCCUUUGGUUAACUAUGGAUCAUCAGCCAUCUGUGUAAUGUGCCUGCCACUUAGAAGCCACUGGGAUUCUAGAAAAUAGGAGACCAAAAAAAAAAGAGAGAGAGAGAGAGAGAGAACGAGAAAACCGGGAACCUGUGCCAAAA